AUUGGUUGUUAGUGUUUCGUGGAACUCCGGGUAUCGGUGGAAAUAUAUAUUCAGCAUGGGUUGACGGAAUUGACGUCACCGUAGAUGACGUCACAUGCAUGACAACUGAUGUCAAGUUUGCUUUCUACAAGGGCAACGAAGAAGCUGCCUACGUAACAUUUGACGCGACCGGAAGUGACAUUACUAGCUGGUUCUCUGACUCAAAUAUUGUGCAGUCAUCUUGGACCACACUUGCCACAGAAAGUUUUAAUAUCUUCUCCAUCCAAGGUUUUGGUUCAAGUAGAAAAUUCCUGAUCAAUAGUAAAUUUGGCGGAUGCAAUGGCGAUUACGGCUACUCGGUUAUUGUUAUGUAUAAUGAAAUUGGUUGUUUGUGGGACAAGCAUUCGUCUUACCCACAAUUCCUGUUUUCUACUACCACAACGUUCGGACAUUAUAAUUCGAUGGCAGGAAUGGACAAAGCUGAUGUUAUGGCCAUAUUCAUAAAGUAACAUCAUGCCGAGAAACGCCGUAUAUAUAUAUAUAUCUACUCUUAGUGACUGACUGUACUAACAUGAACUCAACAAUAUCCUGGAGGAAAACAAACUAUAAAUCUUUUGACAUAUCUGUGUACUAAAACAUAAAAAGUGUUCCACUUAUAAUGAUUAAUGAUUAUCAGAAGAAUUGUUACAAUUUAAUUACAUUCAAAUAAUGUGGAUGCACUACACAGAAAAUUUCAGCGAGAUAGAAUCCUUCUCUCAGAAUGAUCUUUUUGCCUGGUUCAUCAACGCUUCUUCCAUUUCUUUAACAUGUAUUUACAAAAACAUCAAUAACAACAACAUCUAUAAUAACAACUAGCUUUUAAGCAAAUAAACAUUGUGAUUAAUUUAUGUUCAUUCAAAGAUUUACUUCGUUCACAGUAUAUUAAUGAGUUAAAGGCACAUUAUAUCUCAAAAAUGCAAAAAAAACUUAUUUCUCAAAAACUUUAUUUUUGGCGUCCUGUUUACAGUUUCCAAAACAGAUACUCAUUGGUCAAAAAUCUUAUCCAUCUUUCGGUUCUUCUGCGUUAAGGCCAUUAGAACAGACAUAGUGACUC